CUAUGGUGUAGUGGUUAGCACUCUGGACUUUGAAUCCAGCGACCUGGGUUCGACUCCCGGUAGGACCUUCUUUUUUUUCAUAGGUAGGCUAACCCAGCCCACUGGACGCUUUGCAAGGUGGCAAUCCAACGACACAGAUAAGCACAGCGACAUCAUUAAUCGCCACCUUAUUUGACAGUUAAAAUACUGUUUUGCUCCCGCGAAAAAGAAGCCUUCUCCCAUUUCUUUAUUGCUGUGAAGAACUGGAAAGGCAACACAAACAAUUUCACUUUCAUCAUCUGGGGAAAUUCAAGAAUGGUGAAGGAGACCGAGUACUAUGAUGUUCUUGGUGUCAGUCCUUCUGCUUCAGAGGAGCUGAUUCGUAAAGCUUAUUAUCUUAAGGCCAGGCAAGUUCAUCCAGAUAAAAAUCCCAGUGACCCUCAGGCUGCAGAAAGAUUUCAGGUUCUAGGUGAAGCUUAUCAAGUCUUGAGUGAUCCUACCCAAAGAGAUGCUUAUGAUAGGAAUGGGAAGUACUGCAUAUCAAGGGAGACAAUGAUUGAUCCUACAGCUGUCUUUGCUCUUCUGUUCGGAAGCGAAUUAUUUGAGGACUACAUAGGACAUCUAUCUGUGGCAUCAAUGGCUUCUUCAGAAUUAGCUACUGAAAUUGAUAAUCCUGAGAAACUACAUGAUAAAUUGAAGGAUGUUCAAAAAGAAAGAGAAGAAAAGCUUGCAAGAUUUCUCAAAGAUUUUCUCAACCAAUAUGUUCAAGGUGACAAGAUAGGAUUCCUAAAGCGUGUCGAAUCUGAAGCUAAACGGCUCUCUGGUGCAGCUUUUGGAGUAGAUAUAUUACAAACUAUUGGCUAUAUAUAUUCAAGACAAGCAGCACAAGAGCUUGGAAAGAAAGCAAUUUAUCUGGGGGUACCAUUCUUGGCUGAGUGGGUUCGCAACAAAGGCCACUUCUGGAAGUCUCAGAUUACAGCUGCAAAAGGUGCUUUUCAGUUGCUGCAACUUCAAGAGGAUAUUCGCAAUCAAUCUAAAAUGGAUGGAAGUAGCCAUGAAAAUGAUGUUGAAUCACAUCUACUCUCAAAUAAAGAGAUGCUGAUGAACUCAUUAUGGAAACUGAAUGUAGUGGAUAUUGAAGUUACCCUUGUACAUGUUUGUCAAAUGGUCCUGAGGGAAAACAAUGUUAAAAAGGAAGAACUUAAAGCUCGUGCCUCAGCAUUGAAAAUUCUAGGAAAAAUCUUUCAGCAGGAAAAGCAAAUACAAAACAGCACAGCAUCAAAAGGAAAAAUUGCUGCUGAACUUGAUGAAGAUGAGGAUGAUGAAGGGAGCAGUUCUAAUAGCAGCAGUGAAGAGGAUUCGCCAAGACGAAUAUCGUACCGAACUCCUUUACUUACUCAGGGCAUUGGUAGACUCUUCAGGUGCCUGUGUAAUCCAGCAUUUUAUGUGGACGAUGAAGAGAUUGUGUACAAAAGCAAGUAAUACAUAGCGUGUACAUAACAAAGGUCUCACGCUACGAGACUCGUGAGGAGCAAGAGAAAGUUGGCCAAGGCAAGCAUCUCGUUGAUGGGGAAAUUUUUGUUAUUGAUGGACAGAUUGGCGCAACCUAUAAAUUAUUCUGUUAACUUUUGCCAUUUCAAGAUAAGAAACCAUUCACAAUCACGUUAUUUGGUAUCUGCUACAUCAAAAUGGCUUGUGUAUAAAUUUAGAAAACCAAUUUGUUCAUUUCAUUCAAGAUUGUUGCCUUCAUGCCCAAAGGGGUUUAACU